UGUUGACGCUGGGGUGUGUGUGUGUCUGCUGGGCAGGGCGGAGGGGGGUGGUGGGGGUGUAAAGAAGGGUACUAAGACUUUUAGAGAAGGAGGGUGGGAGGAGAGAUUCUGAGAAACAGAAAGGAAGAAAGAAAAGAAUAGGGAAUGGAAAGAGAGAGAGAGGAAAUGAGAGAGGAAGGAGGGAGGACUGCUUUGUAGCUGCUAAGAUUGCAGACAGAAAUAGCACACAACCACCGUGAGCUGUGUGCGACUCAGAAACCAAGACCAAAUUGUACUCACUUUUAUUAAUCAGUUGCUCACAAAGAAGGAAAUGACACCUGGUCCUGUCUUCUUCUACAUCUUAAUUUUGGGUAAAUACUUGGUUCCCGGGAGUGGGCAGGAUGUCAAGUGCUCCCUCGGCUAUUUCCCCUGUGGGAAUAUCACCAAGUGCCUGCCUCAGCUGCUUCAUUGCAACGGUGUGGACGACUGUGGCAACCAGGCGGAUGAGGACAACUGCGGAGACAAUAAUGGAUGGUCUUUGCAAUUUGACAAGUAUUUCGUCAGUUACUACAGAAUGACUUCCCCAUAUCCCUUUGAGACACAAACAUCGGAAUGCUUGGUCGGUUCUGUGCCCAUGCAAUGUCUUUGCCGAGGUUUAGAGGUUGACUGUGAUGAGACCAAUUUACGAGCUGUUCCAUCAGUUUCUUCAAAUGUGACUGUAAUGUCGCUUCAGUGGAACUUAAUACGAAAGCUUCCUCCUGAUGGCUUCAAGAAGUACUAUAAUCUUCAAAAACUGUGUCUGCAAAACAACAAGAUUAGAUCCAUACCCAUCUAUGCAUUCCGAGGACUCUACAGUCUUACUAAACUGUAUCUCAGCCAUAACAGAAUAACUUUCUUGAAGCCGGGUGUUUUUGAAGAUCUCCACAGACUAGAAUGGCUGAUAAUUGAAGAUAAUCACCUCAGUCGAAUUUCCCCACUAACAUUUUAUGGACUAAAUUCUCUUAUUCUCUUAGCGUUGAUGAAUAAUGUCCUCACCCAUUUACCAGACAAACCUCUUUGCCAGCACAUGCCAAGGCUGCAUUGGCUGGACUUUGAAGGCAACCAUAUCCAUAAUUUGAGAAAUUUGACUUUUAUUUCCUGCAGUAAUUUAACUGUUUUGGUAAUGAGGAAAAACAAAAUUAAUCACCUAAAUGAAAAUACUUUUGCACCUCUCCAGAAGCUAGAUGAGUUGGAUUUAGGAAGUAAUAAGAUUGAAAACCUUCCAUCGCAACUAUUUAAAGAUCUGAAGGAGCUCUCACAACUGAAUCUUUCCUACAACCCAAUCCAGAAAAUUCAAGCAGAUCAAUUUGAUUAUCUUGUAAAACUCAAGUCUCUCAGCCUAGAAGGAAUUGAAAUUUCAAAUAUCCAACAAAGGAUGUUUAGACCUCUACUGAAUCUCUCUCACAUAUAUUUUAAGAAAUUCCAGUACUGUGGGUUUGCACCCCAUGUUCGCAGCUGCAAACCAAACACUGAUGGGAUCUCAUCUCUAGAAAACCUCUUGGCAAACAUUAUUCAAAGAGUGUUUGUCUGGGUUGUAUCUGCAGUGACAUGCUUUGGCAACAUCUUUGUCAUCUGUAUGAGACCUUAUAUCAGGUCUGAGAACAAGCUACAUGCCAUGUCAAUCAUUUCUCUCUGCUGUGCUGACUGCCUCAUGGGAAUAUAUCUGUUUCUAAUUGGAGCCUUUGACCUCAAGUUCCGUGGAGAAUACAACAAGCACGCACAGCUGUGGAUGGAGAGUAUUCACUGUCAGCUUGUGGGAUCUUUGGCCAUUCUGUCCACUGAAGUAUCAGUGUUACUUCUAACAUUUCUGACGCUGGAAAAAUAUAUCUGCAUUGUCUAUCCUUUUAGGUGUUUAAGACCUAGAAAAUGCAGAACAAUUACAGUUCUGAUUCUCAUUUGGAUUACUGGGUUUAUAGUGGCUCUCAUUCCAUUGACCGAUAAGGAAUUUUUCAAAAACUACUAUGGCACCAAUGGAGUGUGUUUCCCUCUUCAUUCAGAAGAUACUGGAAGUACUGGAGCCCAGAUUUAUUCAGUGACAAUUUUUCUUGGUGUUAACCUGGCGGCGUUUAUCAUCAUAGUUUUUUCCUAUGGAAGCAUGUUUUACAGCGUGCAUCAAAGUGCCAUAACAGCAACCGAAAUACGGAAUCAAGUUAAAAAAGAGAUGAUCCUUGCCAAACGUUUUUUCUUUAUUGUAUUUACUGAUGCAUUAUGCUGGAUACCCAUUUUUGUACUGAAAUUUCUUUCAUUACUUCAGGUAGAAAUACCAGGUACCAUAACCUCUUGGGUAGUGAUCUUUAUUCUGCCUAUCAACAGUGCUUUGAACCCAAUUCUGUAUACUCUGACCACAAGACCAUUCAAAGAAAUGAUCCAUCAGUUUUGGUAUAACUACAGACAAAGAAAAUCUGUUGACAGCAAAGGAAGUCAGAAAACAUAUGCUCCGUCGUUCAUCUGGGUAGAAAUGUGGCCACUGCAGGAGAUGCCGCCUGAGUUAAUAAAGCCAGCUCUUUUCACAGACCCCUGUGAACUGUCACUAAUUUCUCAAUCAACUAGACUCAAUUCCUAUUCAUAACUGACUCUGAAAACCAUUGCUACACGGGGAAUCUUGUGGGAUGUUCAUGAAGGAUUCAUUAGUAUAAAGUGAAUGCCACAAAAUUAAUAAUUUAUAAUGGCUAAGAUAAAGCCAUUACAAGGACAUGAGGUUGUUUGGGAAAAAAAUCAAAGUGAUGGGGGCCCGUAUAAAGGGAAAUAAAUUGUGUCAAUAAUAUGUAUAUACUAGUACAUAUUUUGCAUAGGAAAUUAAGAGAAAUCUACUUCAGAAAGAUUUAUUCAUUCUUUUGCCAUUUAUUGAGGAACCAUUAUGCACGUAACACUGCAGUAAAUUUCUGGAAGUGUACAGUAUAGAACCUUUUCAAUUUACAAUGUUAAAUUAUGUGUAGCUACAACAGAAUAUACAAAGGGCCAUCUGCAGUACUUAGUUUAAGGUAGAGCUUUGUCAUGCACAUCAACAAACAUAAAAAUCAUAAACACUUGUAAAUAAAGGUUUAAGGUUUUGGAAUACUAAUAUAAUGAAAAAUGAGGAAUGAAAAAAUGUCUGAUUGUUUGCAAAAUAGAUACUUAUUUUAAGAAUUCCUCUUACCUUUCUUGAAGUACCUGCCUAUUUGAGAGGUAAUACACAAAAUUACUCUGAAAAAAGAUGUUCGGAUAUAAACUCAAAAUAGCACUUCUCCAUAUAUCCUCACAUUUACUGUCAACUGAUUUUCAGCAGAGAUACCAAAACAAUCAAUUGAAGAAAGAAGUGUGUCUUCAACAAAUGAUGCUGGGACAACUGGAUAUUCACAUGCAAAAGAUUGAAGUUGGACCCCUACCUUACACCAUUUACAAAAACUAACUCAAAAUUAAUCAACAACCUAAAUAUAAGGCAUAAACCUCUUAGAAGAAAACAUUUGGGUUAAUCUUCAAAAUCUUGGAUUUAGCAAUGGAUCCUAAGAUGUGACAACAAAAGCAUAAGUAACAAAAGGAAAAAAAUCAAUAAAUUGGACUUCAUUUAAAUUAAAAACUUUGUGCACCAGAGAAUGUUAUCAAGAAAGUAAAAAGACAGGGCACCUAACUGGCUCAGUAGGUGGACCGUGUGACUCUUGAUCUUGGGGUUAUAAGUCCAAGCCCCACGUUGGGUACAGAGAAUUACUUAAAAUCUUUUUUAAAAAAGAGGUAAAAAGACAAUCUACAUAAUGGAAGGAAAAAUUUGCAAAUCAUAUAUCUGAGAAAGAGUUAAUACCCAGAAUAUAUAAAGAACUCCUACAAAUCAACAAGAUAAACAAUCCAAUUUAAGUGGGCAAAGGACUUAGAAAGACAUUUCUACAAACAAGAUACACAAGUGGCCAAUAAACACUUGAAAAGUUGCUCAACAUCAGUAAUCAUUAGAAAAAUGAAAACUGAAUCUGCAAUGGGUUAGAUUACACUUUACACAUACUAGAAAGGCUGUAAUUAAAAUAGCAACAACAAAAAAAGUAUUGACCAGGAUGUGGAGAUUGAAACCCUUCUGCAUUGCUCAUUGGAAUGUAAAAUGAUGCAGCCACUAUAGAAAACAAUUAGGUUGUUCUUCAAAAGCUGAUCAUAGAAUUACCAUGUGAUCCAGCAGUUUCACCCUGGGUUAAACCCAAAAGAAUAGAAGACAAAACUCAAACAGUUACCUGUAUGCAAACGCUCAUUGUGUCAGUUAUUUACAGUAGAUGAAAGAUGGAAACAACCCAAGUGCACAUCAACUAAUAACUAAUAAUAACAAAGUGUGGUAUAUGCAUACAAUGGAGUAUUAUUCAGCCAUUUAUAAGAAAGAAGUUCUGACAUAUCAUCUACAACAUGAUGCGUAUGAAAGAAGCUAGACACAAAAGGACAAAUACUGUAUGUUUCCACUUCUAAGUAAACUGCCUGAAUAUGCUAAGCCGUUGAAUUGUACACUUUCAAUGGAUGGAUUUUAUGGUGUGUGAAUUAGAUCUCAAAAAAGCAGUUAAGAGGGAAAAGGAAGGAAGAAAGCUAGAAUGCACCGAUUCAGGAAGUUAAGGAAGGAAGGGUCUGCAUGUACAUGUUUUACUUCAAAGAGGAAGUAGUUGUUAUCAAGAGUUGGACUUACCUUCCUUUUGCAUGGCCAGCCAGUUCACAAGAUAUUAACUUUUCAGCUAGUUAUUGUUCUGGUCUCUGACCUAUUGGAAUUUUUUGCUCUCAUAAUUUGAAAUCUUUAAAUAGGAAUAAAAUGUUUUCAGGUACUUUUAAAUACACCAAAAAUAUUUGAAACAUGAAAAUACUGGAAUCAAAAAUAUAUUUAUUGAAUAAAAAAUUGUAUAUAUUUCUUUUGAAAGCAAAUUGCCUACAGUUUAAUUCUAUUAAAAAUGUAGAUUACGUUGAGUCCUUUCUGUUCUUACUUGUAAUAAU